UAUUUGUGGGGCCACCUUAAUUCAUUUUGAAGUUAAAGACAGCUUUAUAGGCACGGUUUUGUUAGUAUGGUGACUGUUACUCUGCCGGUGGUCGGUUACGUCGUGGUGGUCAGCCUGGUACUCGUAACGGGUGCUCCCACUUUUGAUUUGGCAGACAGUUAUACAAAUGUCAGAUUAGGUCGUCAUCUUUUCGUUGGCACGUUCGAUUGUUGGUGGAAUGACUGCGAUUUAUCUAGUGAAGAAGAUGUGCCAAUCAAUUCUCACCCCAAAGGCCCCAUCAUUAACAACAAAGUCGUAGUUUCAGUCAAUCAGAGUUUAUCAGGAUCUCCUCCUGUCAUUGUAGUUGGACCUCCUGGUCCUCCGGGUCCUAUAGGUCCUACUGGUCCUACGGGUCCUACUGGUCCUACUGGUCCUAUAGGUCCUACGAGUCUUCCUGAUUCUAAUGGAGCUCCUGGUUCCACUGGUCCUCUUAGUCCUGCUGGUCCUUCUGGUCCUCCUGGUCCUCCAGGUCCUUCUGGUACUCCCUAGUAGGAAACUAAGGUGGAGACUUCGAAAGCAUUCAAAAGGAGAUUUUCAAUAUAUCGUAACAAUACGAAAAAUUCUCAUAACAAUUCUUCAUAUAUGCAAUCUGUUUUAUCUUAUUCAUCACUAACAUAUCAGUUGUUCUUUAUAGAAGAAUGUGCAAAAUAUAUUAUUAUCAUAAUAAAAUCUUAAUUUUUUACAAAGUUGAAAUUAAAAAAACGACAUGAUAAUCAUCAUGGGAUAUGGUUCUAUUGAGAUUGUUGAAAAAUUUCAGUCUGUAUCUGAAACUGAAUGAAAUAAUGAUCUGCUUGAAAAACACAAUAAAAUAGUCAAUGCGUAUCAA